CUUGUUACUAGCUUCCAAGGAGAUAUUAAUAUGAACAGAAAACUAUCAUCCAAAAAGUCACUAUAAAUCCAAUCAUGGAACCAAUCAUGGGACCAAUCAAUAAUGUGUUGUCUAUUACCAAUUUAUUUUCCUUUCUCCUUCUUCACUUUAAUAUACAUUUAUUGAAUCUAGAUCUCCAUUCUUACACAAACACUUGCCUUCACUCUUCUCCAACUAUCACUACAAUCCAUCAUCAUGACCUCAACCACCGCACCACUCCUUCCAUGGAAGGUUCGCUUCACCAUGUCUACCAUCUCUUCUCUCAUCUCAGUCUCUCACCGUUCCAACGACACCGUCAACCGCCGUCUCUUCAACUUUUUUGAUCGAAAAACCUCUCCUAACCCUAACUCCAUCGAUGGAGUCACUUCCUCUGACGUCAUCGUAGACCCCACACGCGAUCUAUGGUUUCGCCUUUUCAUCCCCUCCUCCAACCCCAUCUCCGACGGGUCUCUCCCCGUCUUUGUGUUUUUUCACGGCGGCGGUUUUGCAUUAUUUUCUCCGGCUUCCAUCACAUACAACGCUGUUUGUCGUUUAUUCUGCCGUUCGUUCUCCGCCAUCAUUGUAUCUGUUAAUUACCGUCUUGCCCCUGAGCAUCGUUAUCCUUCUCAAUACGACGACGGUUUGGCAAUCCUUAAAUUCCUCGAUCAAAAUAACAACGUCUUAGGAAAAUCAGCUGACAUCAGCAAAUGUUUUUUGUCGGGUGAUAGUGCGGGUGGUAAUUUAGCUCAUCAUGUAGCGGUCCGGGUUUCCUUAGAAAAGUUUCAGGUUUUGAAAAUUAUCGGUUUGGUUUCAAUCCAACCUUUUUUUGGAGGUGAGGAAAGAACCGAAUCUGAAAUCCGAUUCAACCGGGUACCUAUUGUUUCAAUCGAUAAAACUGAUUGGUAUUGGAGGAUGUUUUUGCCAGAUGGGUCAACCCGUGAUCAUGAAGCGGUUAAUGUUUCUGGACCUAAUGCAAUGGAUAUUUCGAAUGUGGAUUAUCCGAGUACCCUUUUGUGUGUUGGUGGACUCGAUCCAUUAUUGGAUUGGCAAAAGAGAUAUUAUGAAUGGUUGAUAAAAUCCGGAAAAGAAGUGGAAUUAAUUGAAUAUCCAAAUAUGAUUCAUGUGUUCUUUUAUUUUCCAGAAUUACCAGAGACAUCACAGUUUAUUUCUAGAGUUAAGGAUUUCAUGAAUAAGCAAAUGGCUCAUGUGAAUUAAGGGCUUAAAUAAUUUGGUUUGUAUGCUUGCCUAAAAAAACAAAUAAAGUGUAUCCUGGUUUGUUUAUAUAUAUUGGACGAAUGCUAGAGAAAAUAAGAUUACAUGUAAUAUAUGUUUAUAAUUAGUGUAUUUGGUGGUGUGUUGAUAAUA